CCGUGCCGAGUGGAGAGGAGGGAGAGAAUGGCAAAAUCACCAGAAGAAGAGCACCCACACAAGGCUUUUGGUUGGGCUGCCAGAGAUUCUUCUGGGGUUCUUUCUCCUUUUCAUUUCUCCAGAAGGGAAAAUGCUGAUGAGGAUGUCACAAUAAAAAUACUUUACUGCGGGGUUUGCCACUCUGACUUGCACAGUAUCAAGAAUGAUUGGGGGUUCACGAGCUUUCCUAUUGUUCCCGGGCAUGAAAUUGUUGGUGUUGUGACCAACACUGGGAAGGCUGUGAAGAAAUUCAAAGUGGGUGACCGAGUUGGAGUUGGGGUCCUAGUGAGCUCCUGCAAGAACUGUGAGAAUUGCCAACAGGACUCGGAGAAUUACUGCCCUCAAAUGACACUUACUUAUAACUCCAUUUACCAUGAUGGGACAAAAACUUAUGGUGGUUAUUCUGAUACUGUGGUUGUUGAUGAGCGCUAUGUGCUCCGUUUUCCCGACAACUUACCCCCUGAUGCGGGUGCUCCACUUCUCUGUGCUGGGGUCACAGUAUACAGCCCUAUGAAAUAUUAUGGAAUGACUGAGCCUGGCAAGCAUUUGGGUGUGGCAGGACUUGGUGGGCUGGGUCAUGUUGCUGUUAAAUUUGGUAAGGCCUUUGGGUUAAAAGUUACUGUCAUUAGUUCCUCACCGAAAAAGGAGGACGAGGCGCUCAACAGACUAGGGGCUGAUUCUUUUCUCGUUUCGAGUGACCCUGCGAAAAUGAAGGCAGCUUUUGGUACUAUGGAUUACAUCAUUGAUACUGUGUCUGCAGUUCAUGCUCUGGCUCCACUGCUUGGUCUACUGAAGGUGAAUGGGAAGCUGGUCACUGUCGGUUUGCCUGAGAAGCCCCUAGAGCUGCCUAUCUUUCCUUUAGUUAUGGGGCGUAAACUUGUUGGAGGAAGUGAUUUUGGAAGCGUUAAAGAGACACAAGAGAUGCUAGAUUUCUGUGCAAAGCAUGGUAUUACUGCAGACAUUGAGCUGAUCAGAAUGGAAAACAUCAACUCCGCCAUGGAAAGGCUUGCCAAAUCCGACGUGAGGUACCGGUUUGUAAUCGAUGUCGCAAACUCCUUGUCGCAGUAGAUUUGUUGCAAUUCAUGCUUGGCUGGUAACCUCCCUUGAAUUGAUGCUUUUGAGGCCUGGAUGUUAUAAUAAGUCAAGGUUCUAUGACAUAAAGUUGUGUUCUUGGACACAUAUUGAUGUCCUCAUUGGUUAAAUUGAGAAUAUUUCCUUUUUCUU